UUACGGAAGACAGAGUCAGAGGUGGGAUUAUUUCUCCAGUUUUUUUUUCUCCCUCAACUGGCCAAGAUUCUGCCAUCAGCGCCGCUCGGAUUCAGGAUUAGUUCAUCCCAAACAGCAGGUGCCAGUGGAGACCAGAGAGAUGAAGACUUUAUCCCUGCUCUUCCUCAUCCUCCUCCUCACCUCAGGAGCCUGUGAUGACGUCAAGUACAUCUCCAAGAGGAACUCAGUGGACGGCUGCAUAGACUGGUCGGUGGAUCUGAAGGAGUACCACGUUCUGGCCGGUGAGCCUGUCCGGGUCAAAUGUGCCUUGUUCUACAGCUACAUAAGAACCAACUACACCAUGGCCACCAACGCCAAGCUGCGCCUCAUCUGGUACAAGAACAAAGGAGAUGCAGAGGAGCCCAUCAUCUUCUCAGGUCACAGGCUGAGUAAAGAAGACGACUCCAUCUGGUUCAGAUCUGCUGAAUUAGAAGACAAUGGAUUCUAUACAUGCGUUCUAAGGAACUCUACAUACUGCAUGAAAGUGUCCAUGUCAAUGACGGUGGAGGAGAGCGACGAGGGGAAAUGCUUCAGUAGCAAAAUUCGCCACCUGGAGAAAGCCGAGAUAACCCACAGCAAAAUGAUUAACUGCCCUGAUAUAGAAGACUAUUUGGCUCCAUACAAACAACCGCAGAUGACCUGGUAUAAGGAGUGUGAGCGAGUUGAAUGGAGGAGCUCCAUCACCGUUAACACCACACAUAUUUGGAUUCCUGAGAUAGAGGAGGGCGACGGGGGGAAUUACACCUGUGAAUUACAGUAUGGAUCCAGGCUGGUGCGACGGACAACACAACUCAAAGUCACAGCCCUCCAGACCACUCAGCCUCCAAAGGUCCUUUUCCCCCCAGAGAGACAGGACACAGUGAUAGAGAUCACGCCUGGUAUGCCUCUCAGUCUGGACUGCAAGGCAUUUUUCGGCUACAGCGGAGAAAACAGAAGACCCAUCAUCUACUGGAUGAAAGGAGAAAAGUUUGUGGAAGAACUGGCAGGACAUAUUAAAGAAAGUGAAGUCAGGAUCCUGAGGGAGCAUUUAGGGGAGAAGGAGGUGCAGCUUUCCUUAACCUUUGAUGCUGUGGAGGAGGCCGACUUGGCCAACUACACCUGUUACGUGGAGAACCACAUAGGGAAGCGAAGUGGGAGUGCCAUACUGCAAAAGAAAGAUAUGUAUCGUCUGGAGUUGGCUGGUGGUCUCGGGGUCAUUUUGCUGCUGCUGGGAGUCCUAACCGCACUUUAUAAGUGUUACAACCUGGAGAUCAUGCUCUGCUACAGGAGACAUUUUGGGAGUGAUGAAACUGAAGAUGAUAAUAAGGAGUACGAUGCCUAUCUGUCCUACACUAAAGUGGACCUGGACUCUCUGGGCAGGACCAGCAGCGAUGAGGAAACGUUUGCUUUGGAGAUCUUGCCGGAUGUUUUGGAGAAACACUAUGGAUACAAGCUGUUUAUACCAGACAGAGAUUUAAUACCCAGCAGCACCUACAUUGAGGACUUGGCUCGCAGUGUGGAGCAGAGCAGACGUUUGAUCAUCGUUCUGACUCCAGAGUUUGUCGCCAAAAGAGGUUGGAGCAUCUUCCAGAUAGAGACACGCCUCCACUCCAUGCUAGUUACCCGAGAGAUCAAGGUGAUCAUGAUAGAGUGUGCAGACCUGAAGAACGUCAUCAACUACCAAGAGGUGGAAGCACUUAAACAUACGAUCAAGGUUUUAUCCAUAAUCAAGUGGAGGGGGCCUAAGAGCAACGAGCUGUCCUCUAAGUUUUGGAAACAGGUGGUCUAUGAGAUGCCUGCUAAACGCAGCGAGACGCUGUCCAGACGCCAGGUAAUGGACUCUGGUGAACAAGGCCUCUUUGGUGACCUACAGACCACCGUCUCCACUAUCGCCAUGACAACCACCUCUGCCUCUCUGGCACCCCCUAAUGAGAAUCGCCACGGACAUCAUCAGGUUGCCUUGGCGACAGAGAUCCCCGAUUACAACCAGAUGACCUUGCCACUGGGAGGGGGUCACACUGCCACAGCAGCCCAAAUGCGACACUUCUGUCGCAGCUAUGAGUUCCAGCUUCCCCCACAGCCCUCCUCCAUGUCACCACCCCUCCCUCCCCCCUCCACAGUGCAGUUCUCCACUCUGGGCCCCGGGGGGCGCCAUGUCUAUUGCAACAUCCCUAUGACACUGCUGAAUGGACAGGUGCCUCAGAGCAGUACGCUUGGGAAGAAACCAGAACUCCACCUGAACAGCACCUUCGUACCACUCACCAGCAGAGAACUAAGCUCUGACAUCUGGUAGAUGGACUGAUCAACUGGUGCUGGAUUAGACACCAGCUCACAGACUGGUUUUCACUGGCUUUUGGUAGACUGGUUGGUUGACUGGUUUUUACUGGGGUUUAUAGGAUGUGUACAGACUUGGCGUUGGCCUGGCUUUCGAGAGAGACUGCCUACGGACUGCUUUUGGGCCACUUCGUUGUGUGCUGUGAAGAAAUGACUCCUUAAGGACUGCAUAAGGCUUGGCUUCACAUUUGUUGGGUAAACUGGCCACAGACUGCUUAGAGACAGAUUCAGAUUAUACUGCACUCUGGUUUUGGAUCUACUGACUGGUUACAGACCGACCACAACUGGGAUGUACAGGAAGAUGAGCACUGGAAAGGAACAACAUGUGUCCAGGUCACACUGAUGGAGAAGUUACCUACCGGUCAUGCUGGGUUUGGAUACGUGGAUUAAAGAACUACAAAAGUUAAUGAAAAGGAUACUGAAUCGGUGGAUAUCUACAGACAGCUGUACUCUGAUUGUCCAACGAGCUGAACAAGUUGAACGCUGGAGCACACCAAGAUUUCUCCUAGAUCUGCUCACACACCAGCUGUUGUGAAAACCAACGUAGCGCGAUCUCAGACUGCCAGUCGAUCUUCUUCCUGUCAGAGAUCUCAGAAUAUCGAUCUACCUGUUGACUAGGUGGCUUGUCCGACACAGGCAUCAAGCAAUGAUUUUGGAAUACCAGACCACCUUAAAACAACUAGUCAACCUCUAGAAAUACUGCUCUGCAGCUAGCUACUUGGAAAACCAGCCAGAUUAUCACCUUGUAAUGCAGUAACUGUCCAAGAAGUGAACUGGCCAAGAGAUGAACUGUCAACUUUUACCAUCAAGCUUAAAGCAUUAAAGGACUUGGCUUUUUUGUAUUUGCAUGUCCACCCAUUUAGAUAAAAAAAUAAUCAAAUAAACAUAGAUAAAAGAGUAAAUGACACAAUCAUUUGUCGCAGCCUCUUUUAAAGCAGAGGCUAAUAAACAUUUUAUGUUGAUACGGUAUAUUUGUUUUUUGUCUGGACAUGCCGUAAUGAUAAAAACUGAUAAAGGGAAAAAAGGAGGUGUCCCUCCAAAAACAUUGCUAUUAUUUAUUUUUGUUCUGUUUUAUCUUUUUAGAAGGUCAGUGAGACUUUUUACUGGGCUUUGUUUUUGCUGUCUGUUUGUUGCGAUUAUCUCUGUACAGCUUUCAUAACUUAUGUAUAGACCUAUACAUGGCAGUGAUUUGUUCCCUACAGUUUCUGUUGACAGCCACAUUAAGUGUGCGUGCUCCAGAGCCUCUAACUGCUUUUGUUCUGUUAUUCCUUUCAUGGAUGGAUGGAUGGAUGGAUGGAUGGAUGGAUGGAUUGGAUUGGAUUGGAUGGAUGUCUACUGGCAGUAGAACCCUUUUUCAACCUGACCACAACCAGUCAGCCAAAGGGGGGCUUCACCGCGUUAAAAGCUGUACUCCAAGCUGAAUCAGACCACAUUCUUCUUUGUGAGCUUUAAAAAACAAGAUUAUUACCGUAAUAUUUAAGCAACGUGGAUAAUGUUUUGAAUUUACACAAAGGUACUGUCAUUGUCUUAUUAGAACCAAUGAAUUCUGAAUAUUUGAGAUUGUUUGAUACAAUAAAUAAUUAUUUGAGUUGUUAUAUUCGAUGGCAAUAUACAGUAUAGUGGUUGUCCUUUAGUUUCUGCUAAUUUCUUUGACUAUUCUUUGGAUAUAUUGGUUGAAAUAAUUUAACUGAGAGCAAAUAAAAAUUAUAUGAGUUGUUUUAUA